CGAGUUUGACACAACUUCUUCUCAACUAAAAUGGAAGGCGCCCAAAAAGACCACAAGUACCGCGGCGUCCGGCAGCGGCCGUGGGGAAAGUUUGCGGCGGAGAUACGCGACCCCAACCGCAACGGCGCGCGGCUGUGGCUCGGCACGUUCGAGUCCGCGGAGGAGGCGGCGCGGGCCUACGAUAGGGCGGCCUAUGCGCUGAGGGGUCAUCAGGCCAUUCUCAACUUCCCCAACGACGGCCACUACGCAGCCCAACCAGCCCAGCCCCAGCCCCAGCCCCAGCCCGAGCCCUCGUCUCGUUCCACUCAACCACCUAUCGAGCUCGAGUAUUUUCAUAAUGACUUGUUGGAGGAUCUUCUCCAGACAAAGGAUACACCUCAGUAAUUCAGGUUGAUGAUCAUAAUUAAUAUAAUGCAAAUAAAAAAAUACUAUAUGUUGUUUGUUUGCACAAUUUCUUUGUCUAACGUUUAAUUUGUUGUUGAUAUAUAUCAUAAUGAUUUUUAAUC